UGCUUUCGGCAGGAGGAGAGGAAGAGGGUCGCAGCUCACCCUCUCAGAGCGCAUGUCCCCCUGCGCGCAUCGCUGUGCCAUCUGGGACUGACCUCACACUCUGUGUGUGCCGUGUCACAACUUGUUUGCGGAUCCCAAAUAAAAUUUCCACUGCUGAAGAUAAGCGGUCUCCAAAGAAUCAUUAUUUUUUAACGCACUGUACCCCCCUCCUGACCGCUUGAACAAAUAGGGAGUGACACUUAAAGCUUCUCCACAUCCGGUCCAACAGCUUACAAACUAGAACAAAGCGUCUGAAAGAAACCUUUUGCAUGAGGCUCUGCAUUACAUAAUGUUAUUUUGCGAUGAUACAGGCUAUCUCCGGGACUGCUCGUGCGUGGAGCUCCUUUGUUCAGGUGUCAAAACCAUCUGAGAGUUGAUGCCCUCCCGGGUAUGUGGCUCAUCUGCAGCGAGAUCAUUUCUGGAGACGCUAGUGCCAGAAGAAUUUGCAGCCUGCUCGAGUAACAGGUAGAAUUUAAACUUUGUGUCUGAUUGCCGGAUUUACUGAGCGCUGAAGUCGACAAUCUGGCAUCCUAUCAGGCUCAUAAACGUCACUUUUUUUCUAGAGUGAUCUCUAAAUUUCUAUUUCUUCGCAUUUGGUACUCGAGAAAGUGAAACGCCUUUUCCCAUCGCUCAGUGAAGUAGGCGUUAGAUGCAUUUGUUGAGGAAAUGUGACUUUUGAACCUCCAGGUACCCAGGUAGGCUCGUCUCUCUGGUUUGUGUUUUUUUUCCCCGUCAGCACCACGGACAGCUCCUGGCACGCGGCUCAGCUGCACGCCGUCCGAACUUCAGGCACAGACUCACUCGCCCCCUUUAUUCAUUCAUUCAUUCAUCCAGUUCCUCUCUAGUUCACAUCCACGCUGUUCUUUUUUUUUAACUCAACACUGCUGCAAAGGAUAUGCGUUGGGUUUGCACGAUCCAUUCAUCGCACGACAGCGCUGGAAACUGAGGAACCCUGCACAGGCUGUAAUCUACAAAAACACCCUGAAGAAGAGAAGGAUGAAGAGGAUGGGGCUGAUGCUGUAAAUGGCCUCUGUCAGAAUAAAAACACUGGUGCUUUGAGAUCUGGUGCUGCUGCGCCUCACUGUUCUUUUCUACAGAGCCGCCGUCAUCAAAAGCCGACCGAACGCUGACCAGACACCACAGGCAGGACGUUGACCUUGUUUUGCCCAGGGAUAUGUCAUUGGGGAAAUCCCCGGUGUUGGGGGUGCGCCCUGUGCCCCGACCCCUCUGGCUGUCCCACCUCAGCCUGCUGUGCUUAUGUGUGUCUCUCUUUGCCCAGGCUCCCCAGGGUUUGCCUGUGGUAGGUUAUAACACUGACUCCAAGAGGGAGAUCACACUGGACGGAGAUUUGAUGAUUGGCGGCCUGUUCCCUGUGCACCAGAAGGGUGAGGGAGCAGAGGACUGUGGGAAGAUCAAUGCUCAGAGAGGGAUCCAGAGACUGGAGGCCAUGCUGCUGGCACUAGAUGAAAUCAACAAGGAUGAGCGCAUCCUGCCUGGGAUCAGACUGGGCGCUCAUAUACUGGACACUUGCUCUAAGGACACCUACGCUCUGGAGCAGUCUCUGGAGUUUGUCAGGGCCUCCCUCACCAAAGUGGAUGACAGCGAGUACACAUGCCCCGACGGUUCCUACGCCAUCCAUGAUGACGUCCCCCUGGCAAUCUCUGGGGUCAUAGGAGGCUCUUACAGUGAUGUCUCCAUUCAGGUGGCCAACCUGCUGCGGCUCUUCCAAAUCCCUCAGAUCAGCUAUGCUUCCACCAGUGCCAAGCUCAGCGACAAGACCCGCUAUGACUACUUUGCCCGCACUGUGCCCCCUGACUUCUACCAGGCCAAGGCCAUGGCUGAGAUCCUGCGUUAUUUCAACUGGACGUAUGUAUCUACAGUGGCAUCAGAAGGGGACUACGGUGAGACUGGCAUUGACGCCUUCCAGCAGGAGGCCCGUGCCCGGCAGAUCUGCAUUGCCACUUCAGCCAAGGUGAGCCGCUCCAUGAGCCGCUGGAGUUACGAGAACGUGAUCCGCUCCCUGCAGCAGAAGUCCAACGCAAAGGUCGUCAUCCUGUUCACACGCAGUGAAGACGCCCGUGAGCUGCUAGUCGCAGCAAACCGCAUGAACGUCACCUUCACCUGGGUGGCCAGUGAUGGCUGGGGAGCGCAGGAGAGUGUGGUGAGGGGCAGCGAGGCUGUGGCAGAUGGGGCAUUCACCAUUGAACUGGCUUCCUAUCCGAUCCCCCAGUUUAAUGACUACUUCACUGCCCUGCACCCGUACAACAACACCAGGAAUCCCUGGUUCAGAGAGUUUUGGGAAAAUCAGUUCCAGUGCAGCCUCCACGACCUGGGCUGUGGGAAGCACUCACUCCGAGAGACUCCGUUUCAGCCUGAAUCCAAGAUCAUGUUUGUAGUGAAUGCUGUCUAUGCAAUGGCUGCUGCCUUACACAACAUGAGGCAGGCCUUAUGCCCCAACUCCACCAAAGUGUGUGAAGCUCUAAAACCUGGCAACGGCAGGAAGUUUUACAGGGACUACAUUCUCAAGGUCAAGUUUGAGGCGCCAUUUCGUCCACCAGACACGGAGAAUGUAGUCCGCUUUGAUGCCUUCGGGGACAGCCUUGGCCGUUACAACAUUUUCCACUACCACAAAGAAGGUGGACGCUAUGUCUACCGUAAGGUCGGCUACUGGGCUCAGAGCCUGACCCUGAACACCAGUCUGAUCCCCUGGGCUGGCCACAUUGCGCCAACCUCUCAGUGUAGUGACCCCUGCAGGAAGAACGAGGUGAAGAGCAUGCAGCCAGGAGACGUGUGCUGCUGGAUCUGUAUCCCCUGUCAGCCCUACCAGUAUUUGCAGGAUGAGUUCACCUGUGCUGACUGCAGCUUUGGACAGUGGCCCCUGGCCAACCUCACAGGCUGUUAUGAUCUGCCUGAGGAGUAUAUCCGCUGGGAAGAUGCCUGGGCCAUUGGACCCGUCACCAUUUCCUGUCUAGGGAUGAUGUGUACGCUCUUCGUCAUUGGCCUCUUCCUCAAACACAAUGAGACACCCGUGGUGAAGGCCAGUGGCCGUGAGCUCUCCUACAUUCUUCUGCUGGGAGUGUUGAUGUGUUAUAGCAUGACCUUCAUCUACAUUGCCAAACCGUCCACGGCAGUUUGUACUCUGCGCCGGCUAGGCUUAGGCACCUCAUUCGCCGUGUGCUACUCAGCCCUUCUGACCAAGACCAAUCGCAUCGCUCGGAUCUUUAGCGGGGUGAAGGAUGGAGCACAGCGGCCUCGAUUCAUCAGCCCAGCCUCCCAGGUUGCCAUCUGUGGCGCACUGAUCUCCUGCCAGCUGGUAGUGGUGGUGGUUUGGCUGCUGAUCGAGGCCCCGGGGGUGAGAAAGGAAGUGAGCCCGGAGAGGAGAGACAUAGUCACCCUCAAGUGUAACAGCAAGGACUCCAGCAUGCUCAUGUCUCUCACCUACAACUGCAUUCUCAUUAUCCUGUGCACGGUCUACGCCUUCAAGACCCGCAAAUGCCCCGAGAACUUCAAUGAGGCCAAGUUCAUCGGGUUCACCAUGUACACCACCUGCAUCAUCUGGCUGGCUUUCCAGCCUAUUUUCUACGUAACUGCCAGUGACUACCGGGUGCAGACAACCACCAUGUGCAUCUCUGUCAGUCUGAGUGGGUCGGUGGUGUUGGGCUGCCUCUUCUCUCCCAAGGUUCACAUCAUCCUGUUCCAGCCGCAGAAGAAUGUCAGCACUCUCAGAGUGGCCACCACCCGCUUCAGCGUCACCACUGGCCCGGGCUCCAGUUUCUCUCAAGCGUCAGCUUCCAAUGUUGUUCCAACAGUGUGUAACGGACGAGAGGUGGUGGACUCCACGACAUCAUCCUUGUGAAGAUCAGCUGAGCUCCUUUGCCAAGCAUUGUAAACAGAGUUAUAUAAUCACUAGUCCUGAAUCAGGUGUUGCAGAUAUUAAAGAGGUCAUACAGACAAUCGUCCUGACUGUGUUGUCCUCAAAGUGCUGUGAGUACAAUGUCCCGAUUAUUUUAUUUUGUUCUUUGACUUGUAGCGAUUUGAAAUGAGAUGCCAAUAAAGUCGCAUAUAGCCCUUGUUUUUAUUGAAGAUUCUACUUGCAACAAUGGAGUAAAUUAUAGUAAAUCUGUUAAAUGUAAUAUAUACAAGACGUUUUUAAUGUAGAUUUUGGUGAACCAGUUUGUGCUUUCUUGUAAUUUAUGUAAAUAAAAUGUGUUUUUU